AUGAGUAGCAUUAAGCCCCUUGCCUAUCCACUCGUGGUAGAAAGUUCUGGUCGGUGGCUAGGGAACGAUGGUGACUGGUCAUCAUUCUACGUCCAUGUUGGCACUCCGCCUCAGGUAUUCCAGGUGCUACCAUCUCUCAGCGCGCAAACUUUAUAUCUACCUCUGGACAAGGAUUGUGGACGCUUCAACAUAAGUGACUGCGGCGAACUCCGCGGCGUUGAAGUAUGGGCGUCGAAGCUUAGUGAUGGAUUCCAUCCACAAAACUCCACGACGUGGCACGAGCUAGGAGUCUACGGCAUUGGCGUAGGUGAAGUCUUCAGACUCAAUGGGAACGGUAUCUUUGGAAACGACACGGCUGGUCUGGAUACGAGUGGUGUGAUCGAUCCGGUCAAUUUGGAGAACCAUCCAAUCAUGGCAUACACGACUUCGGACAUGUGGAUCGGGGUAUUGGGUUUGUCGCCACACACAAUGAACAUUAGCGACACUGUGCGGCCCCGCUCAUUUUUAAAUCAGUUGAAGGAAAAAGGCCAUAUUCCCAGUCUAUCGUUUGGAUACCAAGCUGGCGCGUACCACCGCUUCACACACGUUCCUGGAUCGUUAGUACUUGGUGGCUAUGACCGCUCUCGGAUCUCUGGUCCUACUCUUCGUCUGUCAGCAGAAUCCGACAUCAUCGUCGGUCUUCAGGGUAUCACGUCGACUUUGCCAAAUGGAACCACCAACAGUCUACUCGCUACUGGUAUUAUUGCAACAAUCGACACCGCCGUUUCGGAACUUUGGCUUCCACCAUCGGUUUGCGAUGCUUUCGCGUUGGCACUUGGACUGACGUACUUCGAGGCAGCUGAUCGGUACGUUUUGACUAACGCCGCACAUUCAGCUUUGCUAGCGGCACCACCAUCUUUCAAUUUUACCAUUGGUGUUUCAACCAGUGGCGGGGAUAUCAUCAUAAUCGAAAUACCGUAUGCGGCUUUUGACUUGAAAGCGAAAGCUUACUUCCCCCUCCGACGCGCCGCAAACGAAACACAAUACGCGCUUGGUAGGGUGUUCAUGCAGGAGAUCUACUUAUCAGUAGACUCAGAGCGAGAAGAAUUUAAUAUUAGUCAAGCGGUGUUCAAGUCGCCCAUGCCAGAGUCGGACUUGGUAACGAUUCUGCCGAAGAUUGGUACAAGCGACCUCAAGCCUCCGCAUCCUUAUACCGGCGAAAUACUACCGAUAGGUGCAAUCAUUGGAAUUGUAGUAGGGAUCGUGAUCCUGGCACUCUUUUUGAUGAGCCUUGGUUGGUGGUUUUGGCGACGGAGGAGUGGUGCGAAAGGGUUGGUGACUAGUUUCUCGCCCGAGACACUAGAUUCGGAAGGGAAGAAGGAUCUCGAACUCGACAGCGAAGUCAUUUCUGAAAUGCAUGCGCCGCACGGACAAAGCGAGAUGUUUCUCGGUGGGAUAGUGAGACAGGUCAACACGGAAUUGGUAGAAGCAGGCGGCGGGCCACUGAGGUUUGAACUGUCGUCUGUAGUCGAAGUUCAACACAGCGCUGGGAUAGGGCCAGGAAGAAUGAGGUAG